CCCUAUGCAUAGAAGUUUGUUUGAAAACUUAUCAAAUGAAACUGGAGAAAACGGCUUUUCGCGAGCAGUGUUUUGAAAAGUGAUUGCCAUUGUAACAGGCUUGUUUGCUGUCGCUACACUGGCGAGCUAGUCCAACAAAUUAGCCGCGUGAUCCGUGUAAAUGGAGGACAUCGAACUUUUUAUAAAGGUUGUGCAGCAGAAAAGGCUUGCCAAUCAACAUGAGCUGGACCGUCUCGACGCGGAGCCUAAGGAGCACAAGAAGUUCAUGAAAGAAUUGCGCGGCUUGCAGAAGGAAAGAGAACAAUGCAAGAAGAACAUCGCGAAACACCUCGGUACGAUUACGUCGCAAAAGCACUCCAUACAUAAAAUUGUACACUCCACGAAGGACGUCUCGGGCCUGCCUGUGCCGCACGAUUAUGCACAGGACAUGAAGACCAUGUUCGUCGAUGCGACUGAAUUCUUAAACAAAGCAGAUGGCAUUCACAAAGCGUUCGCUAAUGUCAAGGAGAAUAAUGUGGAUCCUUUAAGCUUGAUUCGAGAUGUGACAACGUGCACGGAAACUGUAGAAAACAAGUUAUAUCAAACAAAGUGUAGUAUCGCUCAACUGGAAACACUGAAGGGAAAUAUAGCGGCGCUCCAGCAGCAUAUCUUGAACAGUAGCAAUAGUACUAACGAUGAGAAUGUGAGUUUAGAUAUUUUCAAUGGCGAUUCAAUGGACAGCGAGUCAACUAUCGAACAAUAAAUAUAUCGACUUUUAUUGUCUGUUACUUAGAAUAUAACGUAUAAAAUACUUAAGCAGACGGUGUUUUCGUGAAAAGUAUAUAACACACAUUUGUCGAAUGUUGUAUCAAAAUCUCAUGGCAGUCACAUAUAUUGAAUGUUAUCCAAUUGAUCGUCCAGAUUCAACUUCAACAUUACUAAUUGAGGAUCAACGACUUCCUGAAAAAUAAUUAUAUGUACAUCGUAAAAUAUUGAGUUAGAAAA